AUGACAAAUCAAUUAAUAUAUAUUUUCUUUUUAAUAGCUAUACUUCCUUCAAUGGUAAAACGUCAUAAUGGCCAAGUAUGUUUCAUCAGUUCAGUACAAGGAAAAUUUUCCAUACCACACCGUUCAGCUUAUGCUGCAUCUAAACAUGCUUUACAGGCGUUUACAGAUUCAUUAAGAGCAGAGGUCUCAAAUAAAGGUAUUAAAGUAACAUGCGUAAGUCCUGGAUAUAUACGCACUCAAUUAUCUAUAAAUGCAUUGACUUCAAGUGGCAAUACUUAUGGCAAAAUGGACAAAACUACAGCUACAGGUAUGCUGCCUGAAAAAAUGGCAGAACAUAUUCUAAAUGCUAUUUUACACCAUGAUAAGGAUAUUAUUGUAUGCGAUUGGCAGGCGAAGGCUGCUUACUAUUUGCGUACUCUCUUCCCAUCAUUAUAUUUUUGGUUAAUGGAAAGACGUGCACAAAAAUUAGAAAGGGAAAACAUGAUCGGAAAGAAAAUUAAUUAAAACAUAAACUAUUUGUAAACAGUAGAAAUUUAAAGUUUGUGCUAGCUUGAAUGGUUGUAGAAGACAAAAAAAAAAGUAUCUGGAAUUAUCUGUUAUGAAUAUCAUAGAAAAUAUUCUUAAUAUUAAUGUGCAAAAAUAGAAAACGUGGUAAAAGUAGUUUGGCUGAAAAUUUCACAAUUGAUUGGAAAGCCUACUUAGGAUUAGUUUUUAAUAUCGACAAUCUACAAAAUGAUCGUACUCAAUAUAUAAAAAAAUAUAUAAAAUAGUUUUAUAAAUUCUCCUAUGAAAACAUUUCAUAGCAUCUUACAUUAGGCUUGAAAAUUAAAACUUGUUUAACACCAAUGAUAUGCUACUCUUAUAAUAACUUUUAACUUAGCACAUACUUUUGAUAUACAAUAUUAUAACACAUAUGAUAAAUGUAUAUUAUAUAUUUCUGACGAAUUCAUAUAUCAUAAUUCUUUAUACAUACGAUCUUUCUGCCAUUCAAGUUGGGACAAGCUAUAGUUUUAGUUAUCAUAAUCAUAAUUUUUUCUCAUUUGAAUACAUAGAAGCGUAGAAUUUUUAGCAUUAAUUAAAUAAUUUUUGUAUUUAAAUGAAAUAAGAGGCACUUUAUUUGGCAUCGUACGCGUUGCUCAGUUCAUCUGAUAAUAAAUUUUAAUUUUUAUAUUAUGUACAAUUUAUCAAUAACAUUUCAAACGAAAAUGCUAUUUAUAUACGGUAAAUAACUUAAUAAUAGAAAAAUGAAGAAAUAAAUAUUACAAAUCGCCAAAGGUUACAAGGUAA